AGAACAACUUCAAUAAUAAUUUUAAGAAUCAUAUAUAAAAAUUAACCAAAAUGAGACAACAGUUAAAGAAUCUUACGUUGAUUCUCAUCUCAAUCUUUGCCGUGGUUUUCAUUACUCCUCCGAUUUUUGUUCUUGUAAUACUUCCAUUAAUGUUAUAUCGGAAAGUUAUCAUAUUUCUUGCCUCGUGGAAAAAAGACAUCUAUCGACCACUCAAUAUCUGCAGCGGGGCGCUUGUUUUUGAUGACAUCUACGGAAAACCAAUUUCCUCUGAGUGUGUCGUAACUUAUUUAAGGGACGUGCAUGACACCACUCAAUUAAUAGCCAAGCUGGAGAAAGCUGUACAAAUUCAUCCUGAACUUACCUGCAUUUUACACUCUUGGAUGUCAACCCUAUUUUGGAAGAAAUCCUCAACUUUUCAACUUGCGCAACAUAUCACGGUCAAUGAGGAACCCGACCCAGAAAAAAUCCAGCAAUUCUUAGAUUCUUUACCAGAGCAACCGUUUACAAAAGGCUUCCCGUUAUGGGAAGUCAUAUCACUGCCAAACUAUUCGAACAGCAAGUAUGACACAAAGUCUGCACUGGUUUGGAGAUUUCAUCACAUUUUAGCUGACGGUUUAGCGAUUAUUUCAUUCUUUAAUGAUUUCUUUGACUUUGAUAACUCCGGAAAAGAGAUGAAAUCCAGGGAAAAUUUUCCGAACUUGAGACCUUCCAAGGUUACGAGUAAGAUUUUGAAUUUCUUCGAACUGGUGUUCGUGACUCCGACCGAAACAAUAUUCCGUUUUUUGAAAGGGAUCGACUCAAAUCCGAUCAAAGAUCAGGUGAGGAGCGCGGAAAUGACGCGGUACCAAGAUCUGAUAGCAAUCGAUAUGGCCGACCUGAAGCGAAUUUGCCGCACUUCUAAGGCUAAUAUCACGGUUCUCAUGUUUGCCGGUGUUACCGGUGCAUUAAUGAAGGCUAUGAAGGAAAGAGGGCGACAUAUUUGUCAAGAUGCGACAUCAGGUUAUGUCAUGCCCAGUAUUUUCCAGCACGAUGGGACCUUAACGAAUAAUUUAAUUGCAGUCCCACUGAGGAUCCCGCUGUCAGAAGCAAAACUAGAGCAAAGAUUGGAUCAAAUUUCCAACCAAUUUCGUCACCUUUUCAGCUCCACAAUUGUCAUAGGAUUUUUUUUAACUAACAGAGCGUUGGGACUAUUUGGUGGAACUGUACGGAAAUAUCCGGAAAUUUCUAAAUUGGGAACUGUAAUGCAUUCAAACGUCGCAAUUUUUAGGGAAAACAGAUUCCAAUUAUUUGGAAAUCCUGUGGAGCGAAUCUCCCCAAUUACUGGUCUGAUACAGAAAUCGUGUCCCAUAGCAAUAAUCAACCUUAGCUACAAUGGGAAAAUGGGGAUUACAAUAACGGCAGAUAAGGCCGUAUUUUCUGGGAGGGAUCAAUUAGAAAGAGUAAUUAACGAUGUAAUAUGUGAGAUUAAUGAAAUUGGAAGGAUACCGGUGCAUGGGGAAGAAGUUGAAAUGAGUUUGGUUUAGAAAGAAAACUGCUAAGGAUGCAAAUGUUAAAAUAAAGCCUUCUAAAAAUAGUUACGAUUGCAUUUUUGACCUUGGGUUGGCUCAUUUCGUCAUAUUUAUCAACUUUUUAACCUAUUCUACGAAGUAAUUAAGUAUAUACUAAAUAAAACGUGGGCUUUAUUAAAUA